CGUAGUCUCGCGCUGCCUUGUGUGUGUCACGAGCUCACGUCUUCGCUUGUUGCCCCUUUAAAAUCAGAAUUGAAGGCCAAUGAUUUAUCAAAGCCCUAUUAUCAAGAAAAUGUCAUGCGAAGGGUACCUUGCCAUGCACUGACGCAAACCCGAUCUUUCCCACGGAGAUAUAGAAAGCUUUGCACUUUGCACAGCCAAACUCAGUCUGCCUGCCGUCUUUCCAGCUGUUUUCUGCUAUUAACCCACAUUUGUUGACUCUGCACAAAUGGAUUUUUCCGAGCACGGGGAAAUGUUGAGACAGCCGUCAAACAGUAUUCCGCCCCAGCCGUCUGGGGGAGCGGUUGGAACUACUAACAAACCGGAGAACGGGAACCCGGUGCUCCAACCGCCGCCUGUGAACGAACGGAAAACUUUUUGUCCCUCGGAAAAUAAACCCUGCGACAUGGAAGCCAAUAAAGCAUACGGGACGUUUAAAAACGCCGCACCUGGACCCACGUUUGCUCCCGUUAAUUCUGCCGUGCGCAAGGAUUCCGUCGGUAAAAUGGAUGGUUCGACCGGUAAAGCCACGUCGGACUUCAUGUCUAACAAUCAAAGUGCUGUAAGGAUCGCGGCGGAGCAUAACAACACCACCGGUGACUGGACCUCCAUGAGCCAGACCACCAUCAUCCUGGGUACAGAUGGCAAUACAUCUGUUCUGCCUGGCACAUUGACCGGGGAGGAGGAUGAUGAUGAUGGAGGAGAUGAGAAUAAGGCCAGGGGGAACUGGUCCAACAAACUGGAUUUUAUUCUGUCCAUGGUGGGAUAUGCCGUGGGUUUGGGAAAUGUGUGGAGAUUCCCAUAUCUUGCUUUCCAGAAUGGUGGAGGUGCGUUUUUGAUACCUUACCUAAUCAUGUUAGGCCUCGCCGGUAUUCCUAUAUUUUUGUUGGAGGUGUCUUUGGGUCAGUUCGCCAGCCAAGGCCCGGUGUCAGUAUGGAAAGCGAUUCCAGCUCUACAAGGUUGCGGGAUUGCCAUGUUGAUAAUAUCUGUCUUGAUAGCCAUAUACUAUAAUAUUAUUAUGUGCUGGACAUUGUACUACCUGUUCGCUUCGUUGAAGGAGACACUGCCAUGGGCCACCUGUAAUAAUGAAUGGAACACCGUCGAGUGCAAAGACAAAGACAUGCUGCUUUUGGACUCCUGUAUACUAAGGGACAGAAACAUCACAUCAAUCAAGAACACUACAUUCUGUUUAUCUGCAAAUGCUGUCGGGAAUUUGACUAAACUCUUAAAUGUCACAUCGGACAAUAAAACCUAUGUCAGCCCUAGUGAGGAAUAUUUCAAGUAUAAUGUGUUGCAUAUUUCGAAGGGUAUUGAAUACCCAGGUGACAUCCGUUGGCCCUUGGCUGCUUGCCUUUUUCUGGCUUGGCUUAUUGUUUAUGCCUCUUUGGCUAAAGGGAUCAAGUCCUCAGGGAAGGUGGUGUAUUUCACUGCCACGUUCCCCUAUGUGGUGUUGGUCAUCCUGUUGAUCCGUGGGGUCACUCUGCCCGGAGCCGGUUCUGGGAUCCUUUACUUCAUAACACCCAAAUGGGAAAAACUCAAUGAUGCCAAGGUGUGGAAGGAUGCUGCUACACAGAUUUUCUUCUCUCUGUCUGCAGCAUGGGGUGGUCUUAUAACCCUGUCGUCCUACAAUAAGUUCCAUAAUAACUGUUACAGGGAUACUCUCAUCGUGACGUGUACUAACAGUGCCACCAGUAUUUUUGCUGGGUUUGUCAUUUUUUCAGUUAUUGGCUUCAUGGCUCAUGAGCUCAAAGUCCCAAUUGAGAGUGUGGCAGAUGAAGGUCCUGGGAUUGCAUUUGUGGUCUACCCAGAGGCUUUGACUAGGUUGCCCUUGUCACCAUUCUGGGCUAUCAUCUUCUUCCUCAUGCUGCUUACACUUGGUCUGGAUACCAUGUUUGCCACAAUAGAAACUAUAGUGACAUCUGUUUCCGAUGAGUUCCCCAAGUACCUGCGCAAACACAAGCCUCUGUUCACUUUGGUUUGCUGUCUGUCCUUUUUUGUGCUGGGCUUCCCCAUGAUCACUGAGAGUGGAAUGUACAUGCUUCAGCUGGUGGACACCUAUGCAGCCUCUUACUCUCUGGUCAUCAUAGCCAUAUUCGAACUGGUUGGAGUCUCAUACGUUUAUGGUCUACAGCGGUUCUGUGAGGACAUUGAGAUGAUGAUUGGGUUCCAGCCAAACAAGUUUUGGAGAAUCUGCUGGGCCUUUGUCACACCAACCAUUCUCACAUUUAUUUUGGCACUCAGUUUGUACCAGUGGAAGGUGAUGACAUAUGAGGAUUACACUUAUCCAACCUGGUCUAUGGUUCUCGGCUGGCUUAUGGUCAUCUGUUCUGUCAUAUGGAUUCCCAUUAUGUUUGUUAUUAAGAUGCACCUUGCACCUGGAUCGUUUAUUGAGCGUCUGAAGUUGGUGUGCUCUCCUCAGCCCGACUGGGGUCCAUUCCUGAUGAAACACCGUGGGGAACGCUACAAGAACAUGAUCGACCCACUGGGCACCAACUCCCUCGGCCUCAAACUUCCCCCCAAAGAUUUCCAGCUAUCAGCCCAAUAUCAAUAAUCCUCCUCAAUCCCCUGUGAGUGCGAAAUUCCCCGAGGCCUCUGAGGGUGAGACCAGCACUCACGUCAAACUCUUUCUUCCCCCUUUUUCCAUAGUGUUCUCUUUCAGCCAUAUUCCCCCUCUUCUGGCAUCUUUAGAGGGGACUUUCAGGUGGAAAGCACAGACAACUCCCUAUGAUUUCAUUGUUUUCUGAAUAAUUAUUCGUAGUCAGUCUAAGAGUGGAGGUCUUUCACGCACAUUCUGAUACACCGAUCCCAGCUGAACCUUUUUCUCAGAGGCAAUAUAAUGAUGCAGUUGCAACUGUUGAGGCAAUAUUUGACUGAUCGUGCAUCAUGCAGUGGUUGUUUUUUAAUUAUUUUUUCAUUCCGAAGUGACUGCUGAUGUUAAUAAGAAAAACAAAAUGAGGAGAAUAGCAUUUAUAUUUCUUGUCUAUUUGCUUGUCAUCUCUUAAAUGUAGCAAACACAAAUGAGAUAAACUGCUGAGUAGUGCACAGUGAACUCAAACUCUUUUCUGAUAUCGUACUAUCGCUCUCCACUUGUGUCCACUUAUAGCCGUACCUUGUGCCUCAGACUUCCUCUAUUUAUAAAAUACCGCAUAGUAUAGUGCUAAUUAAACCAAUCGUACUACAAUAUGGAGGGAAGUGAGCACAUUUCAGUCUCUGUGAAUUAUAAGCUAUGCUACUCUUCUACUAACCUGUCGGAAAUAUCUCUACAAUGUUAUAGAAGCCAAACUCAUAGUGUAGGUUCCAGUAGUAUAGAUCCAUCCCUGUCUUCAAAGAAAAGUUAGCCAUGCAAAACUGUAAUAAUACCUUUCAGUGUUGUUUAGAGUAGUACUCAACGGCCAACUAACAGUUAUGUAUGUAUACUAAUAUUUAGAGUAUGCUUUCGAGUUUGUGUCGUGAUUUGUUCAUAGACUUUGUGAAUCCUCCUAUUCUUAUGCAGUACGCAGUAAAAGUAGAGGAGUGUGGUGUGUGUGGCAAACCAGUCGUCUCAUAAAAAGUGUAUAUUUUAGAAACUUCAACUAGCUAACACACUAUUUUUAACAAUUGCUUGCAGAGGAUUAGUAGAUUAGGAAACAAACAAACGUUUUUCAUCCUUCAAUCCUGUGCUUGGGGACCACACUCCUUUUCUUUAAUGUUUUCCAUCGGUUUGUCUGUUUGUCUUCAUGAAACAGGGUCUCAGGUAUUUUUCCAUUCCAUCAACCUUAUUAGAUGUUGGAUUAAAGUUUAACAUAUUUGUGGAAACUUGAUGUGAUUCACAUAUAACUAGGGCUGCACGAUGAAUCGUAUUUUAAUCGUGGUCACGAUUUCAGCUUCUCUCAAUAUAUUCCAUAUAUAUCAUAUAUGCCUGCUGGUUAUUAUCCUGAAAACAUUCAAUUUAAUUUAGCAUUAACUUGUAUUGGUAACAAGCUAUCCUUCAUGGUUGCUGUUGCCAGAUUUCUAGAGUUUAAUUCCCCAAUCAGAGCUGUCUUGGUUUUAGGGCUGCCACUAACGACUAUUUUAUAUCGAUUAAUCGAUUAAUUGAAACAAUUAAUUUCCAACAACAAAAACAUUUUUAGGAGAAAAAUUUAAAUACACAUUAUUUUUUGGGGGGAAAAAAGAUAAAAAAAAAGAAUACAUUCUUUUUUUUUCUUUUUUUUUUAAAUAAAAUCAAUUGGAGCUGAAUGGAACGCACUAAAAUGGAAUCUAGAAAAGUAAUGGAAAACACAGAAUUUGGUAAAAAUAAAACAUUUAAUUUAACCAUUAAAACAGAGUAUAGAAAAAAUGUAAACAGAAAAAAACUAAAUUUGGAAAUAAAACAGAUCGCAUCUCAUUUUUUUGUGGUAAUAAAAAUAGAUGUAAGUGAACAGUAGUCUUUAAAAGUACCUAAAAAUACACAUAUAAUAUCAACGAGUUAAUAAAAAUUAGUUUAAAUAAUGUACGAACAGCAAGAAAUCAUAUGGUUUUAUUGAACAAAACUGUUAAAAUACAUAAUGUAUCAUAAACAAUAGAACAAAUUUAAGUUUGAGUUUAGAGAUCUCUACUACGAUAUUCUGCUAAAAUAAAUGUGCAAUACAGCAAGUCUGUUUUCUUUCUUGUGGUCAUUUGCACUAUUUGCUGCAAGCAAACCAUGCAAGUUGACAUUCUCUUAAUUUAUCUUUAUGUGAAAGUGUAAUAAUUCUUAUGAAAUUUAAAAUCUAUAUAUAUUUUAAGCAAAGAAAUCGCGAUCAACCGUUUAACCAUUGUCGUGCAGCCCUACAUAUAACCAAUUCUCUAUAAGAUUUGUAAAAGUGCGCAUAUUCAGAAUAUUAUGCCAUAUAUUGACAAUUUUAAUCCUUAUAUAUCUUAUAAUUAGUGUCCCGUUUCAGCUAUUGGACUGUAAAUAUGAUUACAGAUAAAAUGCUUUAAUAGUAUUGCUUUAGGCAACAGCUUUUUUGUUCUGGUUAGUUGUUGUGCUGAUCAGUCAAAGCACUACAAAAAGCACUUUGAUUAAACAUCACCUAAAAUAAGUAGUUGCUCUCCACCACCAAAAUAAAAAUAAAAGUGUGAAAAAAAAAAAAACUUUUUUUUUAUUAGUUCAACAUGUAUACCUAAAUAAUGAGUACUGUGGAUAUGAUUUAGUUAGUGAAAAGAGCCACACUGCCCACGCAACGCAAGUAAUAACACUUUGCCUGGGCGUGAUGUGUUUCAAAAGCCAUGUAAUAUGCAGAUACUACACUAAUCACCUUGAAUAUAAAGCAUUUAUAAAACAGAAAAAGAAAAAAAGUAUUCCUCAAUAUAUUAGUGUUGCAAAAGAGAUGCUUUUUCUGAUAUAUGUUUAAUCUUACUCUCUGUGUAGUAUAUGUGUGUGUGAAUGUGUGGAAUAAUAUGCAGCGCUUAAUGUUUAGAUUUAUACUUAUCCAACCAUCCAGACAUGAUCAAACGCAGCCUGGCAGUCAGGUCAGUUGAGGUUCCCCUAUACAUUGUUUCAUUUGUAUGCAAGAGCUCGAAUAGAAGCUCUGGGUUACGUAGCACAACAAGCGGUAUACAAAGCACACGAAUUGUAGGCGGCUGCUGCGAUCGUUUGUAAUAUUUGAGGUUCUGGAUGGAGUUUCCGUUAGUCCUUGUGUUGCUGUACGUCUGUCCGAGAGCUAUAGUUACAACCCCUUUCACGUAACAAAUAUUCUGUGGGAAAAAACAAUAGGUAACAGUCUUGCAUGUGCUGUUUGUGUUGCUGUGGAUUAUUUGUCCAUGUAUGCUUCCCCUUUACGCUCCUUUUCUUGAUUGUGUCCCUUACUUAGCAGCUGCAGCUGAGUUUACCACCUCUUCCUACCUACAGGGCGACACUGGGCAGUAGGCAACCAAAGAAGGAGAACUUUUCAAAGGGUUCUGAAAAAAAAAAGCUUAAAAAAGAACAUAUAUUCUAAAAGAAAAAGAUAUAUAUACGUAUAUAUAUACAAAUAGCCUAUAUGAAGAAAUGAUAUAUAUUAUUCUGUGUAUUUAGGAGACUGAGAUACUGCCACUCAUCCUUCAUUUAGUGGUCAUUAUUGAUGUGUGUCAAUAUGUUAUAUGACAUCUUCAGGUAACCUUUGGCCUUAUAGAUGUCCUCUGGUAAUAAACUAUUAUGUGUAUUUCAGAAUAAUGAUACAGAGUAGCUUCCAAUCAGUCAUUAUGUGGUCAGUCUAUAUUGUAAUGUAUGUCGUGUCAUUUGGCACUUUACUGUGGACCUAUCGGAGCAUAGGUAAAAUUUCUUAUUACUUGGGUAAUGUCAUAUAUUUCUGUGUGUUUUACAUGAGGGAAAUCUGCCUAUGGAUACAGAUAUGUACCUCCAACAGAUCAUGGCAUCAUUUGAGUUAAAUUGUAGAGUAUAAAUAUGAAAAAUAUCUAAUUUUAAAUCCUGUGCCGGACAAAAAAGCAAAACGUAUAAAAAGAGGAAAAUAAACAUAUAUGAAAAGGCAUAAUUUAUUUUAAAUGUCAUUAAUCCUUGAGGCCCUACCUCAGAUUUUGUAUUUAUGUAUAGAAAUGCGAUUUGAAUCAUAGUAUCUUUGCCAAUAAUACAAUAAAAGACCAUAUUUAUCAUACAAUGUAUAA